AUGGACCCCCCAAACCUGCGAGCUAGCCACGAGAUUCUCCAAAUGGAGGCCGCAGACAUGGAGGAUGACGAAGCGCUGAGGCGGGCGCACCCAUUGCAAUCGCCACAAUGUGACACUGCUGAAUCAGAUCUCUCCAGAUCUCGCUCAUCUCGGAGGCUGCCGCAUUUGUCAUUGCUAAUACUGCCCAUCCUGUUUAUUCAAUGCGCGCACUCGGCCCAGCCCGACAGCGCUCUCUGUUCAUCUUUCAUUCCGCCUCUCUAUCUUUCGCCCAGCCGGCCCUUUGCUCCCCAUCUGCAGAGGAGGCGCGUUGUGCAGUCGACCACCACGCAGACCGACCCUGCUCUCAAGAAAAAGGAGGAUAUUGCGGCCGAGGAGAACGCGCCGAAAGCGAGGAAGUUCUUUCUGCCGAGGCCGAGGCGGCCACGGAAGGGCUUCGCUGCGGAGAGUGCGUACUUGUCGACGGCGAUUCUAACAGGUGAGGAAUGCACUUGCGGUUCGUCCAUCACAGCAAGAUCUGCAGUGCACUGUGUGCGUGGUAUGAGUGUAUGUCAGGUGUGCUCACCGGUCUGUCGGUGACUGCAUUCAAGCGGUCGAUCAAUCUGGUGCAGGGCCUGACCUACGGGGAUCUCGCCAAGGUCGUCACGCCGUCGCUCGGCAUACUGGGAGGUGGGCAAACUUCAAACACCUCACACAGACAGGUGCGUGAGUGGUCGUGUCUGUGUGGUUCCUCAGCUGCGCUGUUGGUGCCGGCGUUGGGCGGCCUGCUUGUCGGGAUUUUGAGGGAGCUUGUGGGCUUCACCCCAGGUGAGCUGAUGCGCGAAUGUGAACACCUUCUUGAUGCAUACUGUCCAUCUGUUGUGUCAGGUCUGAAGGGCAGCUUGAACGAGGUGGACAACCGUAAGAACUGUGCCUUCCAAAAGCAACUCGCCAAAUCCGGGGCAGGGUGAGGAGGCACUUCACUGCAUGUGAUCAGCGGAUACGUGUCUGUGCACAUGCCUUCAUGUAUGAGUGUGCCAUCAGGGUGGCGACUUUGGGCACAGGGUGUUCCCUCGGCCCGGAGGGACCUGCCGUCGAGCUUGGCGUCUCGUGCUCACGACUUGUGUCGCAGGUAUGAGUGAAGGGCAUGUCAGUGAACCGUGAGGUUGCCUGAACAUGGUGUCGUAUUCGUGUGUGUGUACGACAGUUCUUUUCGAUGUCGCUCGACAGACGUCGCCAGCUGCUGAGUGCUGGUGCAGCUGCGGGCGUGGCCGCUGGCUUCAACGCUCCCGUGGCAGGUACGGCGAAUGGGCCAAGGACCUCCCAACAUUGCAAAUGCUUCGUUGCUUGCUCAGGUGUGUUUUUCGCCCUUGAGAUUGUGACGGCGGCCAAAGACAACGUGGGCGUGCCGCGAACGAGCAUUGCAGGCACCGUGUUGUGCGCUGUCGUGUCUGCCCUGACCGCCCGGAUCGGGCUGGCCGAGACUCUGGCUUUCGUGCCUCCCCCCUCCUACUCGCUGCUGAACCCUUUGGUGGAACUCCCGCUCUAUGUGGGCCUUGGUGAGAGAGGAACAGACUGACCCGUUGUGCAUGAAGGAGUGCUCUUCUGUGGGAUCAUAUGUGUCAUUGUGUGUGUGUCUACAGGUGCUGUGUCUGGUGCUGUGUCCAUUUUAUUCAAGAGGGCACUCGAGAGUGCUGAACUCGCCUUCGAAGGUACGUGGGCGUGGAUACACUUUCAUGAUAUAUUCAUGAUCGACAAUCGCAUUAGUUGGCUGCAUCAGGUGCUGUGUCCCGGUUCAAGUGGAUGCAACGUGUCCCUCGCAUCCUCAAGCCCGUCAUCGGCGGUCUGCUGUGCGGCGUGGUGGGCUUCUGGUUCCCACAGGUGCUCUUCUCCCAGUACGGCACGCUGGACAAGGUGCUCACGUCAGCGAGCGACCCCGCCAGCUCACUCAUCCUGCUGCUCUUCCUGAAAAUGGUCAUGACCGCCAUCUCUGCCGGCAGGUGGGACCUUCAGCCAGCGAGCCAGAUCGAUGAGUGCUGUGUGACUGACAUUCCCUUGUCUGUGUGUGAGUAUUCAGUGGUUUGGUGGGCGGCACAUUUGCCCCAUCUCUCUUUCUCGGAGCCGUCGCCGGCGCAGCCUACCAGAAAGUCCUCGCGCCAGCCACAGAACAGUGAGCAACUACUGCACAAGCCCCGACCCCCUGGCAUGAUCCAAUUCUUUCUCUGUAGAGUUGUCGGUUUGGCAGCUGGUCUGCCCUUGUUCCAGAGUGUGCUUGGCGGUGAGGGCGUGGCUCCUGCAGGGGCAUACGCACUUGUGGGGGCCGCGUCCGUACUCUCUGCUGGUGGGCCGAAUGAGACAUACUUACGGCCUGCAUCCAUCCAUUCACCAUUGUGUUUGUGUGUCCAGUGUACCGUGCUCCCCUGACCGGCACGCUUCUCUUGUUCGAGCUGACGCACAACUACGACAUUGUGCUGCCGGCUGGUGCGUCGGCGGGGCUGGGCAGCCUUCUCGCUGAGCUGGCAGACAGACCCAGAAGAUACAUCGACCAGGUGCACGAGAUCCACACACACGUCUCCACCCGUCUCGCAAUUACUCUGAUGUCUUUCUCAGAUCCGCACAAAGCCACGGCCGACCCCAAUUCCCGUCCCCCCGCCCCCGGCCCCCCAAGUGCCGCUUCCCCCUCUGCCAGCGGUGCCGCCAACCACACUCACCGCUGGCCAUGUCGCGCAGCCACAGGCGCCCGCCAAGACAGUGGAGGCGCCCGAGCCCGCUGCUGUGUCGGCGGUCAAGGGUGAGAAGGAGCUGCCUGACCGGAUUAUAGAGGAGCUUGACGAGCUGGUGGAUGACACGCUGCCUCUGUCGCUGCCCGCAAACGAUAUCAGGGGCGUCCUCGACGACAUACCGGUACGAAACCACACAUGCAGGGAUGUGUGUCUGCGCCACGUGUCUGUAUCUGUGUGUGUUGUCAGGUGGAAGCAGGCCUGGUGCCGCGUGUCGUCGCUCUGACGCCCUCCACACCUCUCCUUGACGCGUCGCAGCUGAUGGAGAGCGAGCUGACCGACACGGCCGUCGUCAUCUCGCCGCCGUCAGCCGACAUUACUCCUACAGCCGGCGUGUACGACUGGCGCGCACAGGGCGGCAGCAGCGAGAUUGUGGGCGUGCUGACGGCGGGCGACAUCCAGCGAUUUGUGGACAGGGAGAGGGCGGCAAGCGGCCAGCAGCAGGAGUCGAUUGCGUUUGAUGUGCUGGGCAAGGCGACGGCGUCUGCGGCCAUGACGAGUGAGCUGCUUUCCGUGCGUGAGGGCGAUUCGCUCGAGAAAGCGAGGGAGACUCUGUCUGCCGAGGGCCUGCAGCUGCUACCAGUGCUCGACCAGGUGAUUGAUCGACACACCCACCAAACCGCGCACAUCGUUUGACUGUCUGCCGCUGUGUGUAUACGUGUGCAUUUAGGAGGGCAUGUUCCUGGGCGUUGUGUCGAAGGAGAGCAUCGCAUCUGCGGCUCAGAUAGAGAGACUCAAGAGGCGGAUAGGACUGCCGAAAUAGACAGGCAGAUCCGUGUAUGUGUGUGUCAUAGCGGUUGUCCUUUUUACGUGGCAAGAGCCGCAGUGUGGCGGCAGACCUCAAUCAUUUGUUGUGGCGAGAGAGUCGGUUUGAAAGCGACUGGGAGUGUCUUUUAUGGAUAUACGACAAACAAACGAACGCACGAACGGAUGAAUGACCUUGGC